GUAGCUCGUAGCACGCUCGUAGAGUCGUAGCACGCUACGGCUUCAAGGCUUCAAUAGUGCAACGUUUAACUAUUAAAAAAAACUCCUAGCUAAUUCUGAAUAACAGUCGUACAAUUUGGUUAAAAAAACUCUACAAUGAUUGAAAAUAUCUAAAUCUUCUUAAAUGUAGCUACUUUUCACUUACAUACAUAUUUCAUGGACUAUUUUUAUUAUUAUGGAGUAUUCGUAAAUGAAAAAUUUAAUAAAUUCCAAAAACAUCUGGUGCCGAUCAGAAACAAUUACUCUAGAUUCUAGAGUCUAGAAUCAUACAUUAAAAAAAAAAUUACGCUCAUUCCAACAAAAAUAAACAAGUGAAAAUCGACUAAUCUCAAAAAUCCAUAGAUAAAACAAAAGCGUAUCGCGACAACGAAAUGACGAACGACGACAAAGGGUCGGAGGCGAAGGAGUCAAGAGGCUCGUGGCCGAGGAGGUCGGAAGAUGUCAAGAUUGAGUUCGGAUUCGGAGUCCCACUGGGAGCUAUGGGGGCACACCCGGCCUUUCAUUCAGCUUGGGACAUUGGUUGCCCAUCAUCCAGCUUCCACCACAUGGCCCGCAUGAUGGACCGCAUGAUGCACGAGAGCCUCCAGCCCUUCGGCUUCGCCCGCAUGAGUACCAGACGCGACAAGGAGCCGCCUAGAGACGGUCUCAGGACCGAGAGGAGUGACACACGGAGACAGCGGGCUGGACAGUGCGAUACACACGCCGCUACUGGGACGAGGCAUCCGCCUACACAAGUGGUAAGACCAACGAACGUCACCACAUUCCAAGAGCAACCCAUGGAUCAGACCAAACAGGUAGACCCGACCACAGAGAGAUGGGCCGGCACAUUACGCCGAAGAGACCCAGACCUUCAACCAACACUACCGUCUAUAGUUACUACUAGAAAAACUUCCACAGCGUCAUCUGUAAGCAGCGGGCGGAAGACACGAUCCGUUGAAAGAAUGCCGAAGACCUCAAGAGUAAGGCAACUGGUACCCAUCAAGCCAAUGGUCCGAAAGCACGAUGUACCAAACGAAGGGGGGGAUGUAACGAUUCUAGAGAAGGAUGAGAAAGUUUUUGACGCGACGGGGUAUGAGCUCCAUCUUGUAGAAACCUUGGAAAGGGAUAUACUUCAGAAGAAUCCUGACGUGCGUUGGAGGGAUGUCAUUGGCUUGGAUGACGCGAAAUCUGUUCUGCAGGAGGCAAUGGUGUUGCCGCUUGUGAUGCCCGAUUACUUUAAGGGUAUUCGACGACCAUGGAAAGGGGUAUUGCUGACUGGACCACCGGGUACAGGCAAAACGCUGCUCGCAAGGGCGGUGGCCACCGAAUGCCGAACAACCUUCUUCAAUGUAUCGUCUGCAACGCUCACUUCAAAAUAUCGUGGAGAUUCGGAAAAGCUGGUCAGACUACUAUUUGACAUGGCAGCUUUCCACGCCCCAAGCACGAUAUUCCUCGACGAAGUGGACUCACUGUGCGCGGUGCGGGGCGCGGAUUCAGAGCAUGAGGCCUCUCGUCGGUUCAAAGCUGAACUGUUGAUACAGAUGGACGGACUCGCCGCUGCCUUCCACCGAGAUAAGAUCAUCAUGGUUCUCGCAGCCACGAACCAUCCCUGGGACAUCGACGAGGCUUUCCGCAGAAGGUUCGAGAAGAGGAUCUACGUCGGACUACCCGAUGAGAGCACACGCGUGAAACUACUAAAGCUGAACUUACGGGAGGUGGCGCUGGAUCCUAACGUGGACCUCGAGGAACUAGCUGGCAAGCUGGAGGGCUACAGCGGAUCCGACAUCUGCAACCUCUGCAGAGACGCAGCCAUGAUGACAAUGCGCCGCAAGAUCGCUGGCAAGUCCCCCGACCAGAUCCGCCACCUCAAACGCUCUGAACUCGAAGCCCCCGUCUCCAAAGAAGACCUAGUAGCUGCCACAGAGAAGACACGCCGUACUGUCUCUCAGGCCGACGUGGCGAGGUACACUGGAUGGAUGCAACGCCAUGGAUGCUCCUAGCAUAGGGCCGGCGCGCUACAUGCGCUGCUCAUGAAACUCAGGACUUAGGCACCAUCUGUCUCUGUCUAUCAGUUAGGUUUUAGAGCCACCUCACUCUCUAGCGUCUCCAGAGCGUCGGCGUCUAGUAAACGAGCCAGCUUGACGCAAAAUUGGCGCAACUGCGUAGUGACCCCAUUUUGGUGGUGGGGUGGCCCUUAGCCUCCAAUAUUUAUAACGUUGUUUAUACAGUGGGUUUUAGAAUAUUUACAAAAUGGAAUAUGAUGCAACUAACGUUGUAGAAAAGUCAAAUUUAUAUAAAAUAUUCAUAUCUAACUAAUAGCAGUCUUGUAAGAAAAUAUUAGUAAAGUUUUUUACAUUAUUGAAAUAAAACGUUUUUAAAAUUGAUAAGUGUUUUGUUGAUAAUUAGAUUUUUUACACGGUCAGCGUUAGAAUUAACAUGUUCCAUAAUGGACACCAUUAUGUUGUCUUGUUCUAUGGAUAAAUCUUAGGUCUUUAAAAUAUAUUAGGUACGGGCAGGAUCUGAUUUAGGUUAUAAUUGAUAAAAAUAGAUACGCAGAUGGUGCCUAGGCUAGACUGAGUGUAAAUGAUCAAUUAGGAAAUAAGUUAGGAGUUAGUGAGCUAAAUUUAGAGGAAGACCAAUAGUAAGGUGAUUUGGGGCAGCAAUUGCAUAGAAAUCGUCAAAUAUAUUGUCACAUUCUACAGAAGUUCUAUCUAUUGCGGAAAAAUAUAAUUAUAUUUAUUCGCCAUCGCAUGCGCAAGGAAAUAGGUACUGCAUAAUUAUGUAAACGAGUCAUGACUUCUAAACGAGAUGAUGCUGAAUGGCACCAUAUCGUAUGGCUAUACCAAUACGCGCCUACAUUGACAAAGUUUAAGUUUAACACUUGAGUCGCUUAAGUAUGACUCGAUCCGAUGGGAUUAUUAAAUUAAAAUAAUUUGUCUUUUAAAGAACUGUUGACAGAUUGUUAAAAAAAAAAACUAGUACCAUAAACGCGAUACUGAAUAGCGUUUCUCUAGUUUAAUUUUAGAGAGAUGAGAGUUGAUACUUUAAAAAUACAGUGUAAAGUCGGUUUUUACCUAGGGUUUCAUAUUCUGCCUUUUUCAAUAGUCGAGGUAUCUGUACGUAGUUGAGGCACUACAAUGGCUAAAAACCAACCUUUUUUAUAUUUUGAAAAAGUCAACUUCUAUUAAUUACUGUAUUCUAUUCUCUAUCUGUAGAUGUAACUAUUAGUCUUUAUUUAUUAGUAUAAUAUUAUGAUUCACAUGUAUUUUGAUUAAUUUAAACAAACAAGGUUUAACCCUUUGAUGCACAUGGGCAUCAUAUAAUUUCGGUAAAAAUAGUUUUAUAUGUAUAUAAAUGCCUGGUUUCUGAAAAGUUAAGCCUUAUUUCUAAGGUAAGUGACGUCAAUAAAUAAAACAAAAAUUAUAAUAUAAAUUUUGUUUAUUGAUGGAUUCGUGAAAUGUAUAAGUGAUUGAGUAUCGUCUGUAAAGUACUUUGAUGUGUCACGUGCUAUUAAACUGUAGAUGAAACUUUAAAUAAAAGUCGUAAAGAGUU